GGAAAAUAGGAGAAGAGUUGGAGAAAGAGGAGGAAAAGAAACAGGGAAAAAAAGUGGGGAAAAACUAUCUUCUCAUACUAGAUGAUGUGUGGAGUGAGGAGGGUAGGAACUGGGAUGAGUUAAGAGUUGUUUGUUGGGAAUAUGUAGAAAGGCUGGAAAUAGAGUAGUCGUGACAACUCAAAUAGAAAUGUUGCAUCAAUAAUGGGUUCCAAACAUAUACAUGAUCUUAAGCAACUAGAAGUUGGUCACUGUUGGUCUGUAAUCAAGCAGAGAGCAUUUGGAGAUGAUGUUGUGCCUCCCAGGUUGGAAGAAAUUGGAUUUGGUAUUGUUGAAAAGUGUGGAGGCGUUCCAUUAGUUGCAAAUGUUAUAGGGAGGACUCUGUACAAUAAAAAGAAUGAAAAUGAGUGGUUGUCAGUUAAUGAGAAGAUUGAUGUAUGGGGUUCACUUGAAGAUCAACAUUGUAGGAUUAGGGAUGUCUUGCAAUUGAGUUUUCAAUGGUUGCCAAAACCAGCUUUGAAGCAAUGUUUUUCAUUUUGUUCUAUUUUCCCCAAAGAUUUUGUCAUUGAAAAGGAGAAGCUAAUUCAGCUAUGGAUGGCUGAAGGCUAUCUUCAAUCAUCUAAAGAAAGUUCCAUGGAGAAUGUGGGUGGCAAGUAUUUCACUUGUUAUCAUGUUCCCUAUUUCAAGAGGAAGCAAGGGCUUCUUCUGGAAAUAAAUUUGAGGAGCUGCCAAAAAGAGAGCCUUGGAUGCAUCAAUCGCUUGAAGAGAUUGUCAAUUGGCAGCUUCUCAAAAGAGAUGGAGAAAUUCCCAGACAUGAGUUUCAUCAACGCCUCCCUUGAGGAGUUGACUUUGUUUGAUUGGAGAAUGAGUGAGAUUGUGCGUCAAAUUCAUCACUUGACCGCUCUAAAGGAGUUUACAACACAUGGUUCCUUCAAUGACAUGGAAGCACUGUGUGAUGGAUUGGAAAGACUCUCCUCUCUCACAAAACUACGCAUUAGAAGGUGUGAAGACUUGAUCUCUCUUCCAGAAGGAUUGAAGAAGUUUCCUCAUCUUAGAACACUCGAAAUUGUGGUCUGCAAGGAGAUCCUAGGCCGCCUUACUAGCUUGAAGAGAUUGAAGAUUGGUGGUUUCUCAAAAGAGCUAGAGGAAUUCCCAGGAUUGAGUUCCAUCCAUGAUGGCCUUGAAGAUCUGCAGUUGGUUGGAUGGCACAAACUAACUCAGCUGCCUCAUCAAAUUCAACACCUUACUGCUCUCAAGAUGUUGACUAUAGUGUCCUUUGAACAAGUGGUAGCUUUGCGAGAGUGACUGGGAAACUUUUCCUCUCGUCAACGUCUGGAGAUCCUCCAUUGUGAUAAUAUGAAACAACUGCCUUCUGCAGAAGCCCUUCGAGGCCUCUCAAAACUGCAGUUGCUUUUUAUUUGGGGUUGCCCAGGGUUACUAGAGAGAUGCACUAAGAAACAUGGUUCUAAGUG